GGCUUAGCUGGCUCUUCCCCAGCCGGCAUGUCGGGACCGAACGGAGAGCCGCAGCUCCAUCUGGGGCGGGGCGGCGAGGAAGAGGAGGACGGGGAAGAGGAGGAAGGCUUCGGAGAGGCAGAAUACUCCGCCAUCAACCUCAUGCUGGACCAGAUCAACUCCUGCCUGGAUCACUUGGAGGAGAAAAACGAUCACCUGAACACCCAGCUGAAGGAGCUGCUGGAAUCGAACCGGCAAACUCGCCUGGAGUUCCAACAGCAGCAACAACAUCUCGGCCAGGAUGGAGAUCCGAGGAAAGCCCAGCCGGAUUCUUAAGGGUCGAAAAUCAACUUGUGAGACUUUUAAAUUAGGAGGUUGCGGCUCUCUGGCCAAUGAGGUUUUGCAACCAGAUCCUCUUAAAUCCGGCUUUAAAAAUAAUAAUUGCAAAAUCUCGUGGCUGAUUGGGGAGAUCCCCAUACUGCAAAUUUUGUUCGUGGCAUCUAAGCAAGGGUUUUUUUUAAAAAAAAUACGUGGUGUGGUUGUGGGAAUUGUCACGGGAAGAGGUAGUGAGUGUUUUCCACUGACUUCCAUUGAGCGGCCAUUUUUUUGGGGGGAAAUCUGAUUUAUGACCAUUUUUUCACCCUUACGACCACUGCAGUGGUUAGGAGAUUAAAAUUCAGAGGCUUGGUCGCAGAGUCUGACAUGUUGAUCCCCUUUUGCAAACUUUUCACAAACUUUUCACUUUAGAAUCUGGUUACUGACUUAACAGCUGCAGUGAUUCAUGUAAUAACUUGGCAAAAAAAGAUUGGAAAAAUGGGGUAAAAUAUUCUGAACUGUCUCGCUUAGCAACGGAAAUUUUGUUGUGGUCGUAAGUCCUGUAAUUGCAAACCUAUCUUUAUUUGGAUAAUUGCUGGGAAUGUCUAGCGUAGUUUAAACCAGAAUGGGUCUGAUUCAAAAGACCAACGUUGAGAGGCAAAACAGGCUACCUUCUGCCCCUGAAUGUUUGCAAAACAUUGUUUCUUUAACCAUGGUUUACCACUCCCAGCUGAGUCUGUUGCACAAACCCUGGAAAAUAAUUUUCUAGCAAUUAACUUAGUUAAAUCAUGGCCUGAGCUUGGUCACUAAUUAAACAAUGAACAGUGUA